AUGUAUGAGAGAGGAUUUGACUUUUUUAUCUACUCAGCUCAUUUUGAUAUUCUUGAAAAUUAUCCUAAUAUUCAAAAACGAGUAAAAUUUAUCAACACUAAAAAGUUUCUCGACAAACCUUUGAAGUCAUCUAACAAAGCAGUCAUCAUGAUGCCCCUCGUUGAAGUAAUUGCUUCUAACAAACGUCAUUUUAAUGACUUCACGCAUAAAAUAUUAAAAGAACCAAUGCGUGUUGACAAUAUCGUCAUUUAUUUCUCAAAGCAUUUCUAUUUGAUAGAAGCAAUCAAUGAAAAGCUAAGUCAACUAAUUGCUUCAGGCAUCAUCAAACAUUGGAUUGAAAAUUUUCUAAAACUUCAAUAUCGGAUGGAACUGAAAGGUUCAAGAGAAAUGUUGUUGGAUAAAAAUAAAAAAGUUAAAUGUCAAAUUGAAGUAUCUAGAAGGAUUCUUAGGAUUCUCAAAGCAGCCUAA